AUGGCAGCAUUGUGGAUUUUGUUCUGUCUUGUUUUUAUACCACAGUGGGGGGUGUGCUCUUCAACGUUAGAAAAAGCAAAUGUGCCAGUUAGCUACAAAACAUUGAAUUUCAAUCUUGAAACUGCAAGCAAGUCAAGCUACACAACAUUUGUGUCAUCUUUGCGGGGUAAACUGAAGGGCACUAAAGAGUACUAUGGCAUACCAAUGUUGCCUGAGCCUUCCAAGGCUAAAGAUCCAGAGCAGCGCUUUCUAUUAGUUGGGCUGAAUGUUACAAAGGAGAAAUCUAUCACGCUUGCACUAGAUGUCAACAAUAUUGCAAAGGAUUCUCUUUGGAAAGAUGCAAAAGAACGCUUACCUAUUAAGUACCCAAGUACCUAUGGAGGAAUAGAAGGGAAAGCUAAUCCUCGAUCAAAAGUUGAAUUGGGGAUUGAAAAGCUAAAAUUUGCCAUCCUUUCUGUCUUUGGGAAGCAACAGAUCAAGGAGAAUCUUGAGGCCAAACUUCUUCUACUUUCAGUCCAGAUGGUGUCGGAGGCCACACGGUUCAAAUAUAUUGAGAAAAUGAUACUCAAUAGUAUUGAACGAAAGGGAACAUACAAAUCUUUUUUCCCUAAUCCCUUAGUGAUUAGCUUGGAGAACGGUUGGGAAGACCUCUCUGAAGGUGUUCGAAAUUCCAAGAACGGAGUCAUUUCUCCAGCAGUUCAAUUAAUAGAUCCCAAUAAUAAACCCUUCAAAGUUGACAAAGUGCAAGCUGUAGCUCCCUACUUGAGCCUUAUGAAUUAUGAAGUCGAAAAACCGAUUGUGUCGGAUCAGCCAUGUCAAAACAUGGAAAUAGCAAUUGACACCAUCUUAUGA